GGCUUCGUCUCGCCAGUCUGGUCGUAGAGCUCGAUCAAAUAGCGUGUGGAUUCUCCCGACUGCGCGAAGUUUGUGCAUUUAGAUCGUUGACAAAUUUAGUACAAUACAUUUACAUUGUGAUUGCUUUUUUGUGCUUUCGUUGAUUAUUCAACCGUUACAUUCCGCAUUUAGAAGGAUUCCUAGAUUUCGACCGUGUUGAGUGUGUUUUUGUUCGGUGAUUAGUCCAUAUUUUCCGUGUGUGUGAAUAACGAGAUUCGGUUAUCUGUUCGGUAGAUAGCUAAGCUAAUUGACAACAUGGCAGGCACAGUUUCCAACACCAGCAGCGGCUACCGCACCAGCGAAUCGGACAGCUCGGACAACACCUUGGGUACCCUGGAGGGAGAGGAAGCGUUGGCGAUCAUCCGACGGAAUCUGAAAUCGCGUGCCAUGGAAUGCGAGGGAACGCACUUCGAUUGCAACUGCCCGCAUGUGUUCGUGGUGUUUGGCGCUUCCGGUGACUUGGCCAGGAAGAAGAUCUACCCGACACUGUGGUGGCUGUACCGCGACAAUCUGUUGCCCUGCGUCACCAAGUUCGUCGGCUACGCUCGCAGUAAGCUCUCUGUCAGUGAGCUCCGGGAAAAAUGCCAUCAGUACAUGAAGGUCGAACCAGACCAGCAGGAGAAGUACAACCAGUUUUGGGCCCUGAAUUUCUACUUCCCCGGUAACUACGACAGCCGGCGGGACUUUGAGCUGCUGAAUCAGGAGAUCAGCAAAUUCGAGACCGGUAAAAUGGCCAACCGGCUGUUUUAUCUGGCUCUGCCACCGUCGGUGUUUGAAACUGUUACCGUGCACAUCCGUGAGACUUGUAUGGGGCUGAAGGGGUGGAAUCGGAUCAUUGUGGAGAAGCCUUUCGGACGGGAUGCCGAAAGCUCGAAUGCCCUGAGUGCCCAUCUGGCCAAACUGUUCAGCGAAGAGCAGUUGUACCGUAUUGAUCACUACCUGGGAAAGGAGAUGGUUCAAAAUUUGAUGACAAUUCGAUUCAGUAAUCAGAUUUUCAGCCCCACGUGGAACCGCAACAACGUGGCUUCGGUGUUGAUCACCUUUAAAGAACCAUUCGGAACGCAAGGACGUGGGGGUUAUUUCGACGAUUUCGGAAUCAUUCGUGACGUCAUGCAGAACCAUCUGCUGCAGAUCCUCUCGUUGGUAGCCAUGGAGAAGCCGGCCACUUGCCAUCCGGAUGACAUCCGUAACGAGAAGGUAAAAGUUCUGAAGAGCAUCAGUCAGUUGACGAUUGAUGACGUAGUGUUGGGACAGUACGUGGCCAAUCCUAACGGUGUGGAUGAAGACUCCCGAAUGGGAUACCUGGAUGACCCGACGGUUCCGAAAGGCUCGGUAACCCCAACAUUUGCCCUGGCGGUACUUAAAAUCAAUAACGAACGGUGGGAGGGAGUUCCGUUUAUCCUUAGAUGUGGUAAGGCCCUGAACGAACGCAAGGCUGAAGUCCGAGUUCAGUAUCAGGAUGUCCCCGGGGAUAUCUUCGACGGAAAACCGAAGCGUAACGAGCUGGUUAUCCGGGUGCAACCCGGAGAAGCACUGUACGUCAAAAUGAUGACCAAAUCCCCGGGAAUCACGUUCGACAUGGAGGAAACAGAACUUGACCUAACCUAUGGACACCGAUACAAGGACGUCAAGCUGCCGGACGCCUACGAACGGUUGAUCCUGGAUGUGUUCUGCGGAUCGCAGAUGCACUUCGUCCGAGCGGAUGAACUGAGCGAAGCCUGGCGAAUUUUCACUCCCCUCCUACACUACAUCGAACGGGAGCGGCCGGAACCGAUCAAGUAUGUGCACGGUGCCCGUGGACCCAAGGAAGCGGACAAGAAGUGCGACGAGAACAAUUUCAAAUACUAUGGAUCGUACAAGUGGCACAAGAAACAGUGAAUCACACUAAGGUUAUGGAAGAACUUCAUAUUCUGUUAGCGAUAUUUGUUGAAUGUUUUAAUCAUCUAUUACUUUUUCCCUGUACUUUUGGAACUUUCAUGUAUUUAUUUACUUCAUUCGAUUUCAUACUAGUUAGAAGGUACGACCAUAAAGAGGAGAUUAGAAGGUUCAUCGUAACAUUUAGUACGUUUAGCCUUAGUUACGUUUUGUACUGAUUGAAGCAACGAGCGAAGGCAUUUUUGAUCAUAUUUUUUUUAUACAAAAUUGACCAAAAUUCCCAAAUAAAAACAUUCCCGGACCAAUGUUUUAA